AUGGAGAAGAAGCUGCAGCAGAGGGACGCCCGAUUUGUUCUGGGAGGCGCAUUUGGUGUCUUCACAGCUGGCAUCGACACCAACGUUGGGUUUGAUCCUAAGGAUCCAUAUCGCACGCCAACCGCAAAAGAGGUCCUCAAAGAUAUGGGGCAGCGAGGUAUAUCCUACGCAAAGAACUUUGCCAUUGUGGGUGCCAUGUUCUCCUGCACCGAAUGUGUGGUGGAAUCUUAUCGUGGAAAGUCAGACUGGAAGAAUAGUGUUAUUAGCGGCUGCAUCACAGGAGGAGCAAUCGGCUUCAGAGCUGGUUUGAAGGCAGGGGUUAUCGGCUGUGGUGGAUUUGCCGCUUUCUCCGCUGCAAUUGAUUACUAUCUACGGUAACAGUGGGAUCCCUUGGGAGCAAGUUUCCCUUUUGUUCCAGUGCUGCUGCUAAGAGCUUGCAUCACGGCAGAAGAACCAUCAGGCUUACCUUUCCACUGCCUUUGGAGUCCUGAUCAGUGCAAGCUGAAUGGUGUUGGCUGCUUUUCCUGAAUGACUAACAAUAAUCUGGCUCUGAGCCCUGGCGUGCUGCUUCAGGCAGACUUGCGGGAGUAUGCAAGGAUGGAGCCAGGCGCAGUGAGCAGUAUCUCCAGGACGGAUCAGCUGACUGUCAGUUUCCAGGAAACAAGCCUGGACUCUGAGCUUUUUCGAUCCUUUGGGUCUGAUUUUGAUUAAGUCUGUUGCUAGCAUCAAAAGAGGCAGGAGGACAAUCUUCAAAAAGAAAUGCAGUGAUUUAGGUUACCGUGUAUUUGAAUGUGCUGCAAGUGUUUAACAGUUAUCAGUUUGCAGCUUGCUACUCUGUUGGGGAGAGGUAAGAAUCUGUGGAGAAAUAGUUUGUUCCAGGUUUUUCUUAAAAUACCAGCUGAAGACAAACCACCAUCUGUACAACUUGUCUUAUUUCAAGCACAGAGAUGAGCGCCAGAUUUCUUUACCAUGUCUUAAAGGGAAAAGCAAAAAGGAAUCCUUAGCCUUAGAACCAUGUGGUUACUGGCAGAUGAACAAAACGGUUUAAGGAGAAAAAGAAAGAGGUUGUUGCAGAAGUAUAAUUCUCUGUAGCCACUUGGCUAGCCUGAUUUAACCUCGCUGUGGGAGUACAAGUAAUCUUGCUACUGCUUUAACUGCCACAGGCUCACACCAUUAGUUCCAGUAGUUUGAUGGUGAGACUACAAAGUAAAGUUGUGAGAAUAAACCACUGUUAGACAGA